AAUUAGUCUUCCACAGUACAGUGACCCUCCUUCACACCCAUAGAACGGAUCCAUGAUUUAAACUUUACAUUCAGAAUAUGUUGGGGACUUAAUAAUCAUUUGAGUAUUAUAGGAUUCGAAAAUUUUCAUUUGUAUAUACUAUUUAAAUGGUAUGAACUUUUGGUGCUGUGCAACAUUCCUCCUUCAUUACCUAUAGUUCUUCUUUGUCAUGUCUUUUAUGAGUCAUCUGUCAUCUUUACCCUUUACAGCUUAAACAAUCAUAUAAAUAAAUAAUACAUAUAUAGAUUUCAAGAAAGUUACAUAUAUCUGUGCUCUUAGUUGUAAACUUGCUCUUUCACAAUUUAACCAGCAAUGCAACAACAUUAAUUACUAGACUUUUCGUAAUGGUAAUAAUCAUUUUAUACAUAUGUCCCAUCUGAAUUUGUUGGAAGGAGAGCUUUGGAUUAACUGAUAAAGUUGUUGUCAUGUGACCAAGAGGUCACACGUUCAAGCUGUGGAAACAAACUCUUGCGGAAAGGCAGGGUAAGGCUGUCUGUAGUCCUGCCCUCCCCUAACUUUAGUGCCCUCAGUCCCAUAUGAAUUUGUGACUUAAAUAAUGUUCCUUUGCUAGUUGCAUUUGGGCCCUUAAACUUUGGUCUCUCCAAAUGCAAACAAGCUUUCUAUCUGUAUUUUAGUUCCAUACAUAUCAGUAGCUCAGUUUAUCUGGCGAGGAAGAGAAGGAUCUCUUUGCAUUGUCACGAACACACGGCUAAGCGAAAACAGAAUGUUAUAGUGCUGCUGAAGAAAUAAGGUGCAGGUUUUGAAGUAAGCUUUUGGUGCUGUUCAAUGAAGUUUAACGAUCUUGGAUAUAUUGUUCAUUAACAACAUUUUAUUGUUCGUCUUUUGAUGGGCUGCUUUCACUCAAAAAUCUCCCGACACAGUACCCCUGGUUACGAGGAGCCAACCGUGCUUGCUGCUGAGACAGCUUUUACGGUGAGUGAAGUUGAAGCAUUAUAUGAGCUGUUCAAGAAAAUAAGCAGCUCUAUAAUUGAUGAUGGACUAAUUCACAAGGAAGAAUUUCAGCUGGCAAUUUUCAAGAAUCAAAACAGGAGAAAUCUUUUUGCAGACAGGAUUUUUGAUCUAUUUGAUUUCAAGCACAAUGGAGUGAUUGAAUUUGGAGAAUUUGUCAGAUCAUUGAGCAUAUUCCACCCAAAUGCACCGUUAGCCGAUAAAAUUGCAUUUGCCUUCAGGCUGUAUGAUCUAAGGCAGACUGGUUAUAUUGAGAGAGAAGAGGUAGAUGUUUCAUCAGCACCUCUGAAAGAGAUGGUGUUGGCGCUGCUGAAUGAAUCGGACUUGGUCCUUUCAGAUGAUCUAGUGGAAAUGAUCGUAGAUAAGACAUUUGAUGAAGCAGAUAAAAAGAGUGAUGGAAAGAUAGAUCAAGAUGAGUGGAAGGAGUUUGUUUCAAAGAAUCCAUCUCUUCUAAAGAAUAUGACCCUUCCAUAUCUAAAGGAUAUUACUUUAGCAUUUCCUAGCUUUGUGAUUAGCUCUGAGGUUGAAGAUUUGGAAGUCCAGGCUCAUGCUAAUACCAGAUAGCACGCGUAGUUGAAUGUCAUAUGUAUUAUCAGAUGAUCUCUACCAAACUGGCCGGAGAUACAACAGAAAUGCAAGGGAUCAAGAAUCAGAAAGACAUCAAAUUUUGCAUUAAAAUUUUUGGAAGUUGGCUACACAAGAUUGAACUUAAGAGGCAUGCAGAAAAUCAGUUUUGUUGCAAUCUCCAAAUGGCUUCAGCAGGAUGUACUACUUUUAAAAUAUCUACCUAGUCAACUGGAGUUAGAAACUAAGCAAGGUAGUAUUGCUCAUAUUUCAUAUUGAAAUUGAAGUUUUGUUGAAAUCUCAUAAACAAACAUGAAUUUCGAAUUUGAAGUCCAAAUUUCAUGGCCGAACAUGCCCUAUAUAUAGUUCUUCAAAAUCUCAUCGCGCUAGGCUAUUUGACGUGGCUUGUUCCAAUUUUUCUCACUUCUCAGGUACUUACAAGAUCUAUGCCUCUAUCAUGUAUAAUCUUUGAGAAACAGCUUUUUCUGUGAUGAAGAUGUAAUUUUUUUGGUUAAAUAGUGAGUAGUAAAGAUGUAAAAGCUGUGUUAAUAUUCAGUAAUGUUGAUUUGCUGAACUUUUGAGUUAGUUGAUGUUUUAGAAGAAAGUUUAUAAUGCUA